AUCUUUCUAUUUCUGUCGAAUUCAGAUGCACCUCUCUGCUGCUGCUCUGCCCUUCCCUCUCUCUUUAUCUCUCUGCAUUCUCAGCUCGCUUUUCUUCUUUCUUUCUUCUGUAUAAUAUUUGCAAGUUGAUAGUGUAAGUGGUUGGUGUAAUGGCGUUGUUUUCCAAGCUAGUGGCUACCAUAACAAUGUUGGUGAUAAAGCGGUUUACACUCUGCAAAUUGAUAGUUUGUGUUUUGUGUGAGAAUAACUUUAACAGUUAUUCAAAUCAGGAUCGGCUUCAUAAAAGCUGCAGUUUAUACUUCAAUGUAAAUGCGAUUUGGAAGGCAAUGUUAUGGAUGGUUGGUCUUAUGUCUCUUCCUGUACAAAUCUUGACGGCCUUCCAAAGGGAGAGACUAGUUAGUUCCAUAGUUUUACUUGAAAUCUACAUUUGUGUAACAAAAAUUAACUGCCUAAGUGCAAUUGGGCAAAUGGGGAUGAGGAAGGGGACUAAUUUCUUUUUCUAAUAUGUUUAUUGACUGAAAAUUUCAUAGUAGUACCUACUCAGUUGAGAUUAGAGUUUUUGGAUGUGAUUAGAACUUUAGUUAUGAUUUAUGGUACUGAAUGUUGGGGGUUAGAAGACGGGAUACUAAUAUGGAAUUGGUAAGAGUUUCACAAGGUCUGCCUUGAGUACUUUAAUGAAAUUAAUAAUUAAUUAACUUAAAGACGAUGUAUGCUACACUUUUGAGCUAGAAAAGUGUCUUAAUGAGAUGCAGUUUGAGUUGGAGACUUUUGUUUGGAACAGAAAGGAGCUUGAGGACCAUCUGCAUACAGCUAUUAAAGAACGCAGGAUAAUGGAGUCACUGCUAAUAGAACUUGAAGAGGAACUUGACAGUGCCAUUGCCAAAAUUGAACUAUUAUAUAGCGAGUUGUAAGAAUUGAAGGAUGAGAAACUUUCCCUGAAGGAAAUUGAGGGUAAAGCAGCAUGGAGCCUGAAAGGUCAUAAUGAUACUGGCAGUGGCAAAAACACUGGUAUUGUUGACAACCAUGAAUUGCCUAUGGAAAAACCAGUUAUAGUGGAAGCAGUAUCACCUUCCAAGACCUGAUGGCAAACAAAGAUGUGUGGGAGAAGAAAACCAAGACUGAUAAAGAAAUAUUCAAUUUCACAAAAGCUGGGCCCACUCCGAGUGGAUCCAUCAGCCCUUUUAUAGUUGGUACUCUUCAUAUAGAUUUAGAAACAAAUGAAGUUCUUAGCCAAAGAAGGCAGUUUGUACUUUCACAGAGUCUUUUUAGUGCAGUUUUAUCACUUUUGGUUGGAAUGAUAAUCUGGAAAGCCAAAGAUCCUUGUAUGCCCCUUGUGGCUGCUCUCUAUACUGUUGUUGGCAUGUCAUUCAAGAGUGUUGUUCGGUUUUUCUCCACUAUAAGGAACAAACUUGCUUCUGAUGCAGUUGCUCUCUUGAGCUUCAAUUGGUUCACACUUGGCACACUUACUUAUCCAACAUUGCCAAGGUUUGCUCUUAUGUUGUCUUCCCUUUCCUUGAACCUUGUGGAUCAGAUAGCUACCUGGCUUGGUAUCUCACUCAGCUAGCUUAUACAUUUAUGUAUUUCUUGGAAUUUAGACACCUAUGUACAAUAGGCUUGGAACAAAGAGUUAUCUUGUAGUGAAAGUUGUAUGCUAAACGGUUUCACUCUUUUUCUGCAUCCUGCUUCAACAGGUAUCUGGUCAUGUAAACUUCUACAAGUUUCUCUUGUUUGACCAUGCAGACAUGUAUAUGCAGAAUAGGAAUAUAAGCUAGUUUUCUCCUCAAUGGUAUCAAUAUUUCUCAAGGUUUUGACAAAACUAUGAAAUGUUGUUCCUUGGAAUUUCUAAAGUCAGUGCUAAUUCUGUGAAAAUUUAUUUCACUCAAAGAGGUGAGUUCAUGUUCAUCUAUCAGUUCUGGGUGCUUGGGGGACAUGGAAAUACUUUCAUUGCAGAGAAUCUUUGCAUUCAAAUGUGGCAACUUGAAGAUAAAGAUGGACAUCAAAACUGCUUAUACCUGUUGCCUGUAGAACUGCUGUUACCCUGUCCUUCAAGUUGGAACUUUUUCCUUAAUCCAAAAAUUUUGGUAUUUAGGCAAUUGGUAGGCUGUCAAUGUGUCAAAAUUUCUACUCAUCUUCAUCUUGUAUCUUCACAACUGUUCCGUUGCUAUUCUUUUCUAACAUAUUGAAAUUUAGUACUGACAUUCUCAAAUGCUGGCUUUUUGCAUUUUUGGUAUUCCUCUUUUUUGGGCAGCUGAACCAUGCACAAUCUCUUGUAUCCAAUUGCCUGGACAAUAACAUGAAAUGGAUGUACCAAUCAGACACUAGGCAAAGGGAGGGCUGUAGGGGAGCAUACUUAAUUGUUUCUCUAAUGGUCAACUAGUAGGGGAUCUGCCUUUCUGUCAAUCAACAUGAGCAUGGAAUGUUACCAGUAUGCAGGCAAGACACAAGGGAGUCAUAAACUCUCUGGAUUGUGACUGAGGGAACAAGAAUAAUUGGGCUGUAUUCACGAGUUUAACGUGUAGGGCAACCACAUGUCCCUAAAUUGUCAUAUUUUGUGGAAUAAAGGCAUUCUUGACAGAUCUGGAAUUGGGAAAAGGAAAAUGUGCCCCACCGGACACCGGCACCGUUCUUUUCAAGGUAAAUACCUAACUUCUUGGAGUAUGUUGAAUGCUAAAGCCAGAGUAAAAAAGAGACCAUGUU